GAGGAGUCGGAGUACAAAACGCGACCGCAGAGCCGCGGACUUCCACCCCCUCUCCUUCUCGGCGAUGGCCAUGAGCGUAGCUGCUCUUGUUUCUACUUUCCUGGGUUGCUCGGUAGCGACUCUCCUGCUGCUGAAAUGGCGGAGGAGGCGGCAGGUCCAGGACAAGAUAGCGAAGGCCAGGAGCCGGCGGGAGGGCGCCUUCCAGCAAAUGGAAAGAGCCGUUCAGCGCUUCCAAGAACAGAAUCCAAAUCAUCAACCAGAACCUAUUUUAUCACUGAGUUUGCCUGAACUCUGUCAGCAACUUGGGGAUGGUUCACUCACACCUGAGAGUGUUUUCUACACCUAUGUGGAUAAGGCCCUGAAAGUGACUGCAGUUGUCAAUUGCAUAACUGAUUACAUAGCAGAGAAUGAAUCCCAGCUUCGGCAUAUGAACAGCGAAGGGGAAAAGGGCUUGCUCUAUGGAGUUCCCAUCAGCAUAAAGGAUUCCAUUAACUGCAAGGGCUAUGACAGUACUUUGGGCUUUACAAAGCGUCUCUUCCAGCCAGCAGCAGAAGACGCUGUUAUAGUGCAGGUGUUGAAACAUCAAGGAGCAAUUCCAUUUGUAAAAACAAAUAUUCCCCAAUCGCUGUUGAAUUAUGACUGCAGUAAUCCAAUCUUUGGGUCAACAGUGAAUCCUUUGAAUCCCACCAAAAGCCCUGGUGGAUCGUCAGGCGGGGAAGGAGCUCUUAUUAAAAGUGGAGGAUCCAUUCUGGGCAUUGGGACAGAUAUAGCAGGCAGCAUUCGUAUCCCAAGUGCCUUUUGCGGAAUUUGUGGUUUAAAAACCACUAGCAACAGAAUUAGCAAAAAAGGAAUUGUUCCAUCCGUGGCUGGUCAGAAAGGAGCUUUUGUUGGCUUGGGACCAAUGGCACGGGAUGUUGACAGCCUUGCUCUUUGCCUGAAAGCUGUCUUGUGCAAGAAAAUGUUCCAACUGGAUCCCACGGUGCCACCUCUUUCUUUCAACGAGCAAGUUUAUACCAGCUCUGGUCCCCUCAGAAUAGGGUAUCAUGUGACUAAUUCCUAUAGUAUGCCAAGCCCUUCCAUGACACGAGCUGUGCUGGAAACCAAGGAGCUUCUGGAAAUGAAUGGCCAUGUGUUGGUCCCCUUUGAGCCGCAGCACAUGGCCCAUUUUAUGAACCACUUAGUUACUGCAUCACUUUUUGGUGAUGCUGGUGCCACUUUACUGCAGUCUUUUGAAGACGAACCUGUAGAUCCAUAUCUAAGGAUUACCAUGCUGUUACUAAAGACUCCUUAUUGGAUGCGAAGAGUCCUAUCCUGGAUUAUAAGACCCAAAAGUAUUCGUCAGUCAAGAGCUUUGAGCAACUUUAAAGAAAGGUCUAUAAAAGAACUCUGGAAAUGUCACUUGGAAAUUGAGGAAUAUUGCAGAGAAUUCACUGAACAAUGGAAAAGACUGGAACUGGAUGUGCUACUAUGUCCUGCUAUAGGUCCUGCUUUUAAGAGCGGGUUUGCUGGAAAAGUACAAGAGGUCAUUGGUAAUACCAUAUUAUAUAACUACUUGGACUUCCCUGCUGGAAUAGUACCAGUUACAACAGUGACAAAGGAGGAUGAAGAGGAGCUAAAGAGUUUCAAAGGACACUUCAAUGAUUUGGGGGACAAACUCUUUGCAGAGGCAGUGAAAGAGUCUGUGGGGCUCCCUGUGGCUAUCCAGUGUGUGGCUUUGCCAUGGCAAGAAGAAUUGUGUCUCCGGUUCAUGAAAGAAGUGGAGACGCUAACCAGAGAAAAAUCAAGGAAACAAUGAUAUGACACCACAGCAAGCAGAAUGGAAUUC